UGGGGGGCUGACGAGGCUAAAGCGGCUAAAGUCACGUGACAUUACUGUUUACAAAUUUUGUGCACGGCGCCGCCUUGCAGCUUUAACUGAGUUGUCAGAAUGAAGAUUGCGGUGGAAGGCUGUGCACAUGGGGAACUUGACAAGAUCUACGAUACAAUCAGGCGUCUAGAGGAGCAGCACAGUUUUAAGGUUGAUCUACUGAUAAUCUGUGGGGACUUUCAAGCCGUGAGAAACGCCUCAGACAUGGAAUGCAUGGCUGUCCCAAGAAAAUAUCAAGAAAUGAAAGACUUUCACAGGUAUUACUCCGGCGAGAUGAAAGCGCCUGUGCUGACCAUCGUUAUUGGUGGAAACCACGAGGCAUCCAAUUAUCUCGCGGAGCUCCCUUACGGAGGGUGGCUGUGUGAUAACAUAUACUACAUGGGUUAUGCAGGCGUUGUGAAUGUGAAAGGCAUCAGGAUCGCGGGCUUGUCUGGAAUUUAUAAAGGGCACGAUUAUCUGAAAGGCCGGUUCGAAGCGCCCCCGUACAACGAGUCGGCAAAGCGAAGCGCAUACCACAUAAGGAACAUUGACAUAUUUCGCCUAAAGCAGUUAAAAGAGCCAGUGGAUAUCAUGCUGAGCCAUGACUGGCCCAGGGGCAUUUACAAUUAUGGCAAUAAGGAACGGCUUCUACGCCAAAAGCAGUUUUUCCGUCAAGAAGUGGAGGAGAACAGGCUGGGCUGCCGACCGUCGGAGGAACUGCUGCACCAACUUAAGCCCAAAUAUUGGUUUGCAGCUCACCUGCACUGUAAAUUUGCAGCACUGGUAAAGCAUGAGGAUAAAUCCUGCACAAAGUUCCUUGCUCUGGACAAGUGCUUACCGAACAGAGAUUUCCUUCAGACGUUAGACAUGGAUUCAAGUGACGAAAAACUGGAACUCAAGUAUGACCUCGAAUGGCUAAGCAUACUUAGGUCGACCAACCAUCUCGUUGCAACCGACCAGAAGAGCCAUUACAUGCCUGGCCCAGGUUGCGGCCAACGAUGGGAGUUUGCGCCUACUGAGGAAGAAAAGAAAGAAGUAUCCGACCUCCUUUCUGGAAACCUGGCAAUCCCACUCAACUUCGCCCCAACCGCGCCCACGUUCGUCCCAGGUUCCCGCCCAUCUCCGCCCCAAGCUUACCUAAAUCCGCAGACGAGCAUGAUAUGCAAGACGCUUUCUCUGUGUGACCCUCUCGAGGAACUCCUGUUCCCUGCAUCAAAGCCCAGCCCGUCUCUCAGUAUCUCGGGCUUCUUUGACAGGGAACAGGAUGUAACCACAGCAUCUGAACCUACUCUUGACCCCGACAACAGUGCUUUUGAGCACGUGGGUGAUCUCGACUCUCCCGAAGAUCAAGACCAGUCCGGAAGUUUGCUCGCUGCGGAACAAUCUUGCGACGAAGAACCUCUGCCAAAAAUAUUGCACGAAGUUAGUGGGGAGGAUCGUCGGAAAAUGCACCUCGACGAAUUCGGUGAGACGGAUGCCGCGACGGUCAACCUAGAGAGCUUUCCGGAGGCACAAGAAGAAAAGGCUGUUCCUCUUCCUAGGACAUCACCUUCUGGGCGAACAUUGAAGAGAAGAAACCAGUCUAUAUACAUGAGUGAUGACAGCUAGUGGGGCCUUUUUAUUCGACUAAAACAGGUCCUCUUCGUAAACGACAAGCUCACGUUUGUCAGUACUUGACCCCUUCGGUGUAUUAUCUGAAGAAGAAAUGAACUGGACUAUAGCAAGCACUGUACAUAGAAACCAUUUUCAUUAAACCUUCUACGUUUAGCUUUUUUA